AUGGUUUGCCACCUUAGAUCCGCGAGCGUGCCUUCCAGCCCUCGCUCUAACAAAGCCAACAUCGAUGAACAGCUGCAGAGCCUGAAGGCAACCAUCUCCUCACCUUCAGUGGCCAUUGAAACCAUGGUUGAUGGUCUCAACAAGAUCGUGAGCAUCUACAGCUGCAUUGAUGAGCUCACAUCCUUGCCCAGCCACCAACGUCAGCAGAGGAAGGCAGUGGAGGAGGAGCUCGAGCGCUCCCUUGUCCUGCUUGACCUCUGCAACGCCAUGCAAGAGAACUUUGCAGAGCUCAAGGUCAGCGUCCAGGAGAUGCAGCUGGUUCUCAAGAGAGGAGACCACGUGGCUCUUCAGGCCAAGAUUCAGUCUUACGCCCGCUUGACCAAGAAGGUACAGAAGCAGUUCAAGAAGAUCAACAGCAAGGCUGCUUCUGACAUUGAAGGAUGCAGGGUAGUCAUGUUGUUGGCUGAAGCAAGGGAGAUCGCUGUGUCGAUGCUCCAAUCGACAUCACAUCUCCUCUCAAAGAAGAUAGCGAUGCCCAGUGCUAGCAAGUGGUCUCUUGUGUCCAAGGCAUUUGAGAAGAAGAAAGUCUUGUGCAAGGAGGAGCAAUUACAGGCGUUGGAGUUAGACAUUUCUGAUCUUGAGAGUGGAGUUGCCACUUUGUUCAGGACACUGAUCCAGAGCAGAGUUUCUCUUCUGAACACUCUCACUUUGUAG